CCAAGCCCAUUAACCAAAAAAUGUUUUAUUAAAUUUUCGCUGUCAAACAAUUAAUUUUUCAUAGACAUACAAAUUUUUGAUACCUAAUAUUAAUCGGUUCUGGGCCAUUGAGAACACAAGCUUUCACAAAAAAGUUGCGUAAUUAAUCCUUAGUGUUUAAACUCAAUUUUUGCAAUAUUUUAUUCAGCGAGUUUUACAGGAAAGUGUAUUAUUUUUAAAGAGAAAUACCAACAAUGUUUACACAAUGUAAGAUUCAAUUUGAGAGUUCAACAGAAAGUACAGUUAAGAAGACAUGAUAAUUACAAUAAAUGCAGCUCAAUUUCUUGUCAUGACUCUUAUCAACGAGUGGCUGUUAUUCCUAACUGCAAUUAUAUUCGGCGUAUAUAUUUGGUCAAAAUACCACUAUUGCUAUUGGAGAAGAAAAAACAUUGCCAAUAUUGAACCUAAUAUCAUUUUUGGCAACAUUAAGGAAAUUGUAAAUUUUUCUAAGACUGCUACUGACCAUUUAACAGCUUUGUACAAUCACGAGAAAGCCGAAGGAGAGUCAGUUUUGGGAAUUUAUAUUCUAAAUAAACCAGCUUUACUUGUUCGUGAUUUGAGCUUGGUCAAGUCAAUAUUGGUCAAGGAUUUUAAUAAAUUUUCAAAUCGAUAUUCUGCAUCGGAUUCUCAUGGAGACCCUCUGGGAGCUAAUAGUUUAUUUUUCAUCAAAAACCCGCAAUGGAAAGAAAUGCGUACUAAAUUGACACCAGUAUUUACAAGUGGAAAAAUUAAGCAAAUGUUUCCACUUGUUGAAGAGAUCGGAAGAGAACUUGAUAGUUUUUUGCGUGAUCUUCCAAUGGAAUCUGGAAGCAACGUUCAGGAAAUAAAAGAAAUCAACGCUCUUUACACAACUGAUGUAAUUGCUUCCGUGGCUUAUGGUGUUCAUGCAAAUAGUUUACAAAAUCCAAAUGGUGAUUUCCGUAGAAAUGGCAGACAUGUUUUUAAUUUUACUCUCUGGAGAGCUUUUGAAUUCACCGCCAUGUUUUUCGCUCCGCAACUGGUUAGUCUCUUUCGGUGCAAGGUUUUCUCAAAAGAAUCAACGAAAUUCAUCCGCGAGACUAUUAGCUUAAUAAUGUCGGAAAGGAUGCGUACUGGAGCUGUACGAAAUGAUUUGAUUGACAUUUUGAUUGCAUUCAAAAAGGAAGCCGAAGGAUGUGAAGCAAAAAAACACUAUGUCAUGAACGAUGAUAUGCUUAUUGCUCAAGCCGGAAUAUUUUUUACAGCUGGCUUUGAAACAAGUUCGGCAACAAUGUCUUUUGGUUUGUAUGAACUUUCCAAGCGACCAGAACUUCAAAAUCGCCUGAGAGAAGAAAUCAAACACAUUUUGACAAAGAAUGAUGGCAAAGUGACUUAUGAAGCAGUUAACAAAAUGGAGUAUCUAAAUAUGGUAAUUCAAGAGGUGUUGAGACUUUAUCCACCUCUGCCAUUCUUAGAUCGAGUAUGCACGUUAGCAAAGGACGAAAAAGAGUAUUCCUUGGAACCGUACAGUGAUUUCAAUAUACCACAUGGAAUGCCGGUUCUUAUUCCCAUUUAUGGUAUCCAGAGAGAUCCAAAGUAUUUUUUAAAUCCCGAUGAGUUUGAUCCUGAAAGAUUUUCACCUGACAACAAAAGAAACAUAGUUCCUUUCAGUUAUAUACCAUUUGGAACUGGACCACAUAAUUGCAUUGGAGAACGCUUUGCACUUAUUCAAACCAAGAUUGGUUUUAUAAAUUUUCUUAGAAAUCAUUAUGUAAGGCCUUGUGAUAAAUCUCAACCAACAAUGGUUCUUGACCCAAGAGCAUUGAUUAUUCAAUCGAAGGGUGGAAUUUAUUGUAAAAUUGUUAGAGAUCCAUUAAUUUAAGUUUGUGUUUGUAAUAUAAUUAAUUGUGAUUUUAAAAUGUUAAUUUGACAAAACAAAGUAAAACAAAAAUAAUUCGUAUUAAAAA